AUGAUAACUGCAAGGUCCUCCUCCACAGGUGGGCCUCAACCACGCGAUGCUAUUCUCUUUGGCAUAGCUGCCCUUGGCGCGCUUUUUAGUGAUGAUGUUGAUGCAACCCAAGAGAAAAGGCACAUGGCUCUUGCUCGAAAUGCGCAAGCCUGUUUAGAUGCUGAAAUUUCACGGAUUUCCACACCAAGCUUCGACCUAAUAUCAGCGUUGGUGCUCAAAACGCUAUAUCUGCGCUCAACUGCCCGAACCUAUGCCACGUGGAUUACAAGCUGCACGACCAUGCAUAGCGUCGCUAUGAUGGAGACAGAUAUCGAAGACUUAGAUAGUGUCGCAAAGUGUCGGGGCUUAUUUUGUGAGCCCCGGCGGACGUUGUGGAUCGCACGCUUGUUGAACACUUGGAUUGCAAACCAGUGUGGUCAGUCGCCGAUCAAGACUGCUUUUGAUACCUUAAUUGUACCGCCGACGCCUUCCGAUCCUGUUUCUGCUACGCCAGAAGAACAGAUGAUUUACCUUUAUCACAUCUCGGAGGAGCUUUCUCCGGAUAAUCAUCCCACAUAUGGGGAAAUAGAACUCGGUAUUAUAAAGCUAGCUGCGCUCAAUUCCCAACAGUGCCACGACGCGGUUCUGCUGUCGCGUACUAUAAUGGCUCUCUCUUUCCAUCGCGUUCUACGAUCAAGUGAGACCGCUGAUAUCGACAGGCAGACAUUCGCUCGUCUGGUUGAAAUUGGGCUUGAUGGUCUACAAGCAGCGAAGCGCCUUGCGCAGCAGCAGAAGCCUUGGUGGCAUCUAGCCAAUGUUCCUUUUCAAUUUCUCUGCGCUAUGCUCGUCAUCGACACGGCGAGCUCGUUUGCACAAAUACCAACAGCCUUGCAAGUAUUCGAAGACGUGGCGCGUGCCAUACCUAGCUCGACGAUAACGGAAGCGUUGAAACUCGCAACGAAAUUAAUUGGUCUCUCAAAAUUGCAGAAGACCGAGCAGCUCCAAUACCUCGAUCAAUGCUCCGAGUCUCUUCAUCAACAUACAUUCCGAUCCGAAGCUACUUCUGACGAAGAUGCGCAGAUACAGCCCCCAGUGGCUGGGCUUUCUGUGCCACGGGAGAUAUUCAAUAUGGAAGAACUAGGGGGUUUCAGCAGUUUUGAUUGGAGCUUCCUACCUAAUAUGGACAUACCUAUAUUUGAUUACGAUAUUUCAAAUCCUAUCAUAGAAUCUCAAUGA